CGGUCCUGCUAGCCCCAAUGUUGAGACGCCGUGCAGGACAAAAUGUCAAAAAGUUGCCCAGAGCUGCUGAGAGAAGCAGCGAAUUUGAUUGAGGAAGCUCUGCGCAGAAGUCCAACGGCUCCGGCGGCUCCGUCACAGCAGAUACCGGCCGCUCAAUCACGUACACCUGUCCAAGCGGAGGUAGCAAGGCUCUUUGCGCCAUAUAACAUUGGAGCCAGAAGGAAUAUGACGAGACGACCAGCACAAGUCCAAGUUUGCCGAAGAAGCUACACACACACCGUCUGUUGUUUGGCUGACCACAAUGCGGAUAAAAUUCCAAGCGUACUGUUUAAAGCUGAACUUCUUACUUCAGGACUUGGAGAGCAAAAAGUAACAUUUUCAGGGAAUGACCACGAUCCCAUGGUUAUAACAAAUAAACUGAUGGAAGUGUUUCCGAAGCUCCAACAAGGUGGAGGCUUUGAAUUUCUAAAACUUGUAGGAUCGACUCGCAGUCGAAAUCUUGCAUUGCUUCAGUGUCCCAGCACUGGAUACACCCUUGCCUAUCUGAAAGAUCCAUCGACGAUGAUUGGACAGGCUACCAUCUACAUACGUCCACUUCAACAGGAUCUAUCCUUAGAUUGUGAGAGCUCACGUCCUGCCUCUGGUCCAGUCAUCCCCUGCAUCACUUGUCGGAAGGAAGUUCCCUUUUCAGAGAUGAAGCUGCACAGAUUGAGCUGCAAUGGAAUGGAAGCUUAUUAAAGAACCCACUCAAGCUGCCAAAGUUUUCAAAGAGAAUCUGCUAAGGGAACAUGCAACUGGGAAACCACUUAGAAUGAAGAUGGAUGUAAGGGAGUCUGAAGAGGACCGGGAACGGGAGCUUCUCUUAUUCUAUAAACAGCAGCAAGAAUGGGCAUGUCCACUUCAUUGUACUCUGGUUGGUGAUGUUGCUAUCGGAGAGGGAGUGAUGCGGUACUUUAUGACAACAAUCAUAUCCAAACUCCAGUUUGGAUUCAGUCUAGAUCUUGGAGGAAUGGGCCGAACACUGCUAUUUGAGGGUGAACCUGACCAUCUUGUUCCAGCAGCAUCAGAGGCACUUAUUGAAAGCAACCUCUUCCGGGUUGCAGGAAGGAUGUUGGCCCACACCUUUCUGCAUGACGGUCCCCAUGUCACAGGAUUAAGUCCUGCUGUAAUUCAUGUACUCUUCAAUGGGGACCCUGAAAUGGCUACUGUUGUUGUUAAAGACUGUCCUGAUCUGCACAUCAGGAGCAUCAUAGAACUGCUUGAACAUGAAGAACUUACACCGGAACAGAAAGACACAGUUUCAGAUCUUUCCAUGUCUUGGGAUCUUCCGGCAGUCACCAAAACAAAUCGGAGAUGGCUACAUAAUAAACUUCUACUCCAUGCAGUCGUUGGGAGGACCAUGCGCCAAAUUAAACAGUUGAGAAAGGGACUGAAAGAUGUGAUGGUAUGGCCCCUGCUGACAUCUAGGCCAGAUGUUGUCCCACUUCUUUUCCCCAAAAUGGCUGAAAUGCAGUUCACACCCCAGAUGCUCCUAGAAAAAAUCACAUGGCCAGUUGAGGACAGUGAUGAUGAAGACUUUGACUUGGACACCACCUGCCGCAUCACUGGCUUUUUAAGGAUGUUCAUUGAAACAGCUUCAUCAGGUACCCUGGCCCAGCUGCUGACAUUCUGGGUUGGCUGGGAGAUGCUUCCUCCUGAAUUGAUAGUGGAGAUUUCUGGGGGAACCCUUCCUACGUCCUCCACAUGCUUUGAAACCCUAAAGCUGCCAGCUCAUUUCAAAAUCUACAUGGACUUUGAGAAAGCACUUGUCGCUGCUAUAAAAAGUACUGGAUUUGGGCUGGUUUAA